CGUCUACUCUUGUCCUAAUUGGUUGGUAGUGAUGCGUCAUCUAGAGGUCGCAAUGAUUUCCUGCCUGCUCAGAUUGUACUCACUUCCUUAUUUGCGCUGAGACACCGGUUCCAUCAGCAUCAGUUCUCCAUGGCUUCCUACUUUGAUGAGCAUAACUGUGAACCCACGGUUCCUGAGGAGCAGUAUCGGCAGAAUGCCCUGCUAGAGCUCGCCAGGAGCCUUCUUAGUGGGAUGGAUAUUGAUCUUGGAGCUUUGGAUUUUACUGAAUGGGACCAGAGGCUUCCACCCCCAGCUGCCAAAAAAGUGGUGGAGAGUUUACCCAAAGUCACUGUAACACCAGAACAAGCAGAUGCUGCCCUGAAGUGCCCUGUGUGCCUGUUGGAGUUUGAGGAGGGAGAGACUGUGCGGCAAUUACCCUGUGAACAUCUUUUUCACUCGUCCUGCAUACUACCCUGGCUUGGCAAGACCAAUUCGUGCCCUUUAUGCAGACACGAGCUUCCCACUGACAGCCCAGAGUAUGAGGAGUACAAGCAAGAAAAGGAACGGAGGCAGCAGAAAGAGCACCGGCUGGAAUGUUUGCACGAUGCCAUGUACACUUAAGGAAUGGAGUAGCACUUGUCUUGGGGGAUCUUUCCAAUAACUCCUCAAAAAUUUUAAUUCCUUCUGGAUCACAACAUGGUAGGACAGGGAUCUUCACUUCGAGCUGCUGUUGAACUACAACUUCUGGUCUCUCCUCCCAACAUAGAGCUUAAACUCGGCAUCAGCCUUAGUGUUCCUCAGACUCAUAUAAUUCUAUAUUCCUUUUAUUCUGAUGAGGAAUUAGGGUUAUUUUUAAAUUUAUAAAAAACACAAAGUAUCUAAAAUGACUUGGCCAUUCUGGGGGUUAGUAAUCCAGGGACUGAAUUAUUAUGAACGUGUGGCCAAUCCUAUAUGGACCAAAAUGUCUCUUUUCUACAUUAAAAGCAAAAAUGAUAUGUAAUGAUUGUUAUUAUGCAUUUGUAUAAGAUUGAACUAAAGAUUCCUGUGACCUUGGGGUAAGUCUACUUGGCCCACUGAACUCUGAAAUGUUUGUUCAAUCAUUGGUAUCUGUUGGCCAUGCAGUUUGCAGUGGGGGGAGAUACAGGUGAUACACUAGUAGUGGCCCAUUCAUUGUUUUGGAAUAGUUUUUUGAUUGACAGCUUUUAUAUUACAUUUUUGCUUUUAUGAUAGCUUCCCUUUAAUCUGUGUUGCUUUUAUUUAAUCUGAAGCAGGGCUGCAGUUGCAUUGUGCCUCUUGUUGAUGCAGUAGUGAUGUGCAGGUCAGGGAAAACUUAACUCACACCCGGCCAUAACUUUCAAAAUGCUGCCAUUGUUGGACCUUUACCCAACCCCAACAGUCGCCCAAAUUUAAAUGCUAACCCAUAUGUCCCAUGGGUUUGGUUCAACCCACACAUGAAUACAGUAGAACUUAGUGCUGCAGCACACUGAUAUUCACUCUAGACCAGGCUUGCCAAAUUGGUGUUUCUUGGGCCUAAUCUGCCCCACUCUCACCCAUUGUAAAGCCCAAAGGCAUACUUUCAAUUAUAUCGGAUCUAAACCCAAAAAGAAAGUGAUGUAAAUUUACUUAGGAUGCAUCUCUGAUCACAUUGGUAGUUUACAUUAAUUUUCUGUUUUUAGUAGUUUCUGAUAUUUUUGCCUUUUUCCGACUGCUAAUACAAGGGUUUUAGCUCAACUGACAGUCAGCCACCCAAGGGUUAACUGAAUCCAGAAAGCACAUAGACAGGGUUCCUGACAGUCUGUGCCUUCAGAAGCCGAGCCUGCUUUCAACAGUCUAAAACUGCCUCUA